AUGAAGAACGUCUCCAUUAAUUUUUUGAUAUUAAAUUUCAACAUAUGCCUUCAUCAUAUCAAUGCUUCUACAUAUUUAAAUCUGAACGAUUUGGCCAAUUCGGAUCGUCCUUUUUUUGAUGAUAUAAGCCCCAGAAAUGUUUCAGCUGUCAUUGACGAAAUUGCUAUUUUAAGAUGUCGUGUUAAAAACAAGGGAAACCGCACGGUAUCAUGGAUGCGUAAGCGAGAUCUUCACAUUCUGACAACCAAUAUAUAUACAUAUACUGGAGAUCAACGAUUUUCAGUUAUACAUCCACCAAGCAGUGAAGAUUGGGAUUUAAAAAUUGAUUACGCCCAGCCACGCGAUAGCGGUGUUUAUGAGUGUCAAGUGAAUACCGAGCCAAAAAUUAAUUUAGCUGUUUUCUUGGAAAUUACAGAUAAUGAAUUUCAAAACAUUAAAACGGAUAGACGGUAUUACGAUUCAAAAGCUGCUCGUGCAAAAAUCCUGGGUUCGACGGAAAUUCACGUAAAGCGUGAUAGCACCAUUGCUUUGGCGUGUUCAGUGAACACACAUGCAUCAUCAGUAUUAUGGUACCAUGGAUCAUCCAUUGUCGAUUUUGAUUCCCUUCGCGGUGGCAUUAGCUUGGAGACAGAAAAAACAGAUAUUGGAACAACAAGUCGCUUGAUGUUGACGCGAGCUUCCUUAAAGGACUCGGGGAAUUAUACUUGCGUUCCAAAUGGGGCUAUACCAGCUUCAGUUAGGGUUCACGUAUUGACAGGUGAACAGCCAGCGGCAAUGCAAACUAGUUCUGCGAAUGGCAUAAGGACUAACAAUACCGCAAUGAUUAUUAUAUUCAUAUCAGUCAAAAUGUUGUUAUAUAUUUCAAUUUUUAAGGAGAGAUGACUAAACUAGACAAACGAAAAAAUAAAAAUUCAAAUAAUCUAAACAAAUUAGUUUUAAGGAGAACCACAUAUUCGAAUGGAACGAACGCGUUUGUAAUAAUAUUCAAUACAGAUACAAACAAUUAAUUAUAAUUCCUAUA